AUGUUAAAGAACUUCAAGCUGGGGAAGGAGAAGCACAGUAGGAUUACGUCUGCGGAUAUAUCUACGCCGCGCCAGGACGGUAACAAUGUCAUCAAGCAUGUGAAGACGGUGCCAGUGCAGGUGUUGAACCAGCGGUCGACACCGUCGAGACACGCCAGCAACAGCAGCAGGCCACAGAUGCAGUCGCCGGAGAAAGUUAUCAAAGCCAGAGAUAGUUACAAGGCCAAGCGCGCCAAUGAGCUGUCCUUUAACAAAGGCGAGUUCUUCUACGUUACGGGCGAAGACACCUCGUACUACAAAGCCUCGGACCCUUCCGCUGGAAAGAACGGUGUGGUGCCUAAAUCCCAUUUUGACGUGAUCGAUAGGACUAGACCUUCCUCUAGCGAUGCACUUGGCAGAUCGGUGUCCACUUCAAGUCGUAACGGGGAAAAAAUGGGCACUUUGUAUGCCAUUGUGCUCUAUGAUUUCAAAGCUGAGAAAUCCGAUGAGUUGGACACAUUUGUUGGGGAAAAUCUGUUCAUCUGCGCUCACCACAACUACGAAUGGUUUAUCGCAAAACCAAUUGGAAGACUUGGUGGUCCAGGGCUGGUUCCCGUCGGGUUUGUUAGUAUAAUUGACAUUGGAACAGGCUACGCUACUGGAAAUGAUGUCAAGGAAGACAUUGCAUCAGUAAACUUGCCCACAGUUCAGGAAUGGAAGAGCAAUAUAGCUAAGUACAAGGCAAGUAAUAUCAAUUUGGGUGCUGUCGAAGUCCCACCAAAUGGAGAAUUUGGAACACGACAGAAGAUCCAGCAACAGAUAAUGGAAGAAGAGAGAUUGAGGCAACAACAAAUAGAGGCUCAAAUGACUCCCAAGGUUCCUGAACCACCAGAGAUUAUUUACGCCUCUGUGGAUGCAUAUGGCUUAGAAAACGAGAAGUAUUGGUACACAGUUUCAUGUAUAUUGGACAAUGGCAGAGCUAGAAGACUAAAAAGAUAUUAUCAAGACUUCUAUGAUCUACAAGUGCAACUACUAGACGCUUUCCCUGCAGAAUCUGGAAAAUUGAGAGAUGCCAAUGGUAAUUGGACUAGACGUAUUAUGCCUUACAUUCCGGGUCCUGUUCCGUAUGUGACCGACACUAUUACUAAGAAGAGAAGAGAAGACUUGAACAUUUAUGUUGCAGACUUAAUCAGGUUGCCUAAAUAUAUCACAUCAUCCAGAAUGAUUCAAAACAUCUUCAGAGUCAAGAAUAACGGAUAUGAUACUGAGUUUGACAAGAAGGAUGCCUCAAUACACACCGAUAACUCAUCGACACAUUCGAAAUCUAGGACAAGUAAGAUUCAUGAUAAGGAUAGCACAUUGACGGGAGAAGAAUUAAAUCUUUACGAAAAGAUGUCUGAACUAUCUGUAUCCACUCCAGGCUCAAGACCACACUCAAGACCACCAAGUUCUUUACCCCCUCAACUAAAAUCAAUCAAAGUGAAAUUUUAUUACAAGGACGAUAUUUUUGCAUUAAUGUUACCUCAGCAUAUAUCCUUAGAUGAACUCAAAAAUAAGAUAGGUCCUAGAAUUGAUACAGAGGAUUUCAUACUGAACAUUAAGCUAAAGGAUGGCUUAGGAGAAGAGAUAAAGACCGAUGACCAAGUUAGCUAUAUUAUUCAAUCAAAACAAAAAAUUGCUGUCACUGACGCUUAG